GGGGCACAGACUUCCUUUUACUUCUUCCUUUUGCCCUCUCGCCUCCUCCUCCUGGGAAGAAGCGGAGGCGCCGGCGGUCGGCCGGGAUAGCAACAGGCCGGGCCGCUGAGGCGGUGCGGAAAGUUUCCGUCUGGGAGUGCGGAACUGGGGCCGGGUUGGUGUACUGCUCGGAGCAAUGGAGCCAGCCUUCGGGGAGGUGAACCAGCUGGGAGGAGUGUUCGUGAACGGGAGGCCGCUGCCCAACGCCAUCCGGCUUCGCAUCGUGGAACUGGCCCAACUGGGCAUCCGACCGUGUGACAUCAGCCGCCAGCUACGGGUCUCGCACGGCUGCGUCAGCAAGAUCCUGGCGCGAUACAACGAGACGGGCUCGAUCUUGCCAGGAGCAAUCGGGGGCAGCAAGCCCCGGGUCACUACCCCCACCGUGGUGAAACACAUCCGGACCUACAAGCAGAGAGACCCCGGCAUCUUCGCCUGGGAGAUCCGGGACCGCCUGCUGGCGGACGGCGUGUGCGACAAGUACAACGUGCCCUCCGUGAGCUCCAUCAGCCGCAUUCUGCGCAACAAGAUCGGCAACUUGGCCCAGCAGGGUCAUUACGACUCAUACAAGCAGCACCAGCCGACGCCGCAGCCAGCGCUGCCCUACAACCACAUCUACUCGUACCCCAGCCCUAUCACGGCGGCGGCCGCCAAGGUGCCCACGCCACCCGGGGUGCCUGCCAUCCCCGGUUCUGUGGCCAUGCCGCGCACCUGGCCCUCCUCGCACUCCGUCACCGACAUCCUGGGCAUCCGCUCCAUCACCGACCAAGCAGUGAGCGACAGCUCCCCCUACCACAGCCCCAAGGUGGAGGAGUGGAGCAGCCUGGGCCGCAACAACUUCCCCGCCGCCGCCCCGCACGCGGUGAACGGGUUGGAGAAGGGAGCCCUGGAGCAGGAAGCCAAGUACGGUCAGGCACCAAAUGGUCUCCCAGCUGUGGGCAGUUUUGUGUCAGCAUCCAGCAUGGCUCCUUACCCUACCCCAGCCCAAGUGUCGCCUUACAUGACCUACAGCGCUGCUCCUUCUGGUUAUGUUGCUGGACAUGGGUGGCAACAUGCUGGCAGCACCUCGUUGUCUCCCCACAACUGUGACAUUCCCGCAUCGCUGGCGUUCAAGGGAAUGCAGGCAGCCAGAGAAGGUGACUUUCUGGCAACGUCUUUGUCUCUGUUUGGUGGUGGGCUGCUCGGGCUCCUGGACCUAGACUUGCCCCCAAAUUUUGUGUAUGCAGUGAAGGCUUCAACAUCUCAUGAAGGACACUUUCUUUCUACAGCAGAGGACACGAAAAACAGAUAAAACAAGCCAGUCUCCCAUUUUGUACCUAAUCAAACAACACACAUGCCAAGCAUAUAAAGACAAGAGGGUGGAAAAUAUCUGAACAAGAAGGCGCUAAAGGAAGUCACUUAGAAACUUAAGUUUAAUGUGAAAUGUUUUGCAAAGAUGCUUAAAAUGAACUUUGUGUUAAGAAAACCACUGUGAAACUAAAUUGUAUAUUAUUGUUGGCUUACCUGUGUGUUCAGCAAUCUCAGCCCCAAAUUAUGUUGUAAUUUAAAGAAAAUGGAAAAUUCUGCUCUAAUGAAUGUAACAAUGGCUUGCUGUGAAGUUUACAUUGUUGUACAGAAGCAUGUUUCGCAUGUAGGUAAACUGGUGGUGGUACUAGAAAUACAAUGUUAUUUAAUUUUAACAAAUUCCCUUUAUUCAUUUCUGAAAUUACAGGACACAGUUUAACUCAUAAACCUUUCUAGACCAAUUUAUUUUUCACUUUAAUGUUAAUAACAGUUGUGGAGUAUAUGUGUGUGUGAGCAUGUGAGUAUGUGUUGUAUUUUAAAACAAUUGAUGUUCUGGGGCAAAAUUCUACAGUUUUUAAUCCCUUCUGUUUAGGAAGUUCUUCCUGUUUGGCAAUAUAGGCUUAAAAAUAUGUUUUUAGGACAUUGGUACAAUUCAGCUAUUGGAAAAUUAAUAUAUUGAGGGUUUUUUGGUACUAAAUCUGUGCAAUAACUAAAAGAGCACCUCACUGGAUAUGGAUGUUGAAGAUGGAUUCCCUAGGUGAUUUUAAUUUCUUCCCGUCUGUGCUGUGCACAGUCUACAUGGCAAUGCAGUUCCACCACAUCGGUUUCAUGGCUUCAUUUAAAACUCAGAUGGCUAGAUUAGUUCGGUUUUCAAAUCACUAGGAUGUAAACAGUAAGCAGAUUUCUGACACACGAAUUAUGUUAGAGUAACUGCUUUUUUCAGACAGCAGAUAUUUUAUAGAGAGCUUUGAACUGCAUUUAUUUCUAAAGCAACCGAAAUUCAGUGCUACAAAUAGAGGAUUAUAACUUCAGGAGAAGAAUAAGCAGAAGGAGCAGAUGAACU